AUGGUAUCAUGGUAUGUGACCAAAUUGGUCCCACAGCCACGACGAAGGCCCCGCUCCUCAGCUGCUCGCCCUCGCCCCACAGCUUGGGAGUUAUCAUCAGUGGAAGCACAGAGAGACACUGUCCCUGAUGAAGCUCUGCCAUGUCCAGCACCGUCUGUCCCUUUAGAUGUCCCACACCAGCCUGCAGCCUCUGUCCCUGGCUAUGCUCAGGAUGUAGCGCAGUGGAACUGCUCCCACCAGCAGAAAAUUUGGAUGAAGACUGAGCUGGAGGCGUUGGGGCUGUGGCCGGGGUCACGUCCUGUUCGUCAUCCUAUGAACAUGCUGUCCUUGUGGCGUAAUCCACCUCAGCCUGAGCUCAUAGACUCAAUCUCUGAGCUGCCGUCACCUAAAUACUGUCAGCUUCAUCCUUUUUUCAUUUGGAAGCCGGAGCACACAAUCAUGGAGAGGGUAAGGAACAAUUACAUCUUGCCCUGCCUUCAUGAUUGUCCCAACCCUCAGGUAGCUUCUUCCGGCGUUGGAAGGCCAAGGGUUAUCAUUGGCACCAGUGGCCAGUACUAUAUUUUAGCCUCACGGCUCACCUGCAAGGCCUGUAGGAAGUACUGGCAUGCUGACAAGCCCCAGUGGCUGGAGAAGCUACCGGAGCGCUUCAGCAACAUUGUUCCAGCUUUCCUAACCCACAAAAAGGCCAUCUGCAAAUCAGUAAUGGAUGAGAUGAGGCGCAGCGGCAGAUCACCGGAGGACAUGGCUAAGCAGCUGACGGAGGCACUCCACCUUAAAUAUGAGAGAGCUCACCUGGCCUACCUGCUCAGUGUGCAGAACGUCAGGGAUGCUGAGGCAGGAGUUUACGGCCAGAGAACCAUCACUGGGCUUCUCAGGCAGGCAGACACUCCAGCUCCAUUCGGUGGAUACUCUGAUGUUGACGGCUGGUGUGGAGUGUCUAUUUCUUCUCACUACCUGGUUGACUGCCUGGUCCGUGAGUUUCAACGGCAGGAGCAGCUCCUCACUCUGUUGCUACAGGGGACCUUUGGACAAGUACUCAGGUCAGAUCAUACACGCAAAGUGGCUAGGAAGGUGGUGCUGUCGUCCGGCACAAUGUCUUCCUAUGCCAUAAUGAAUGAGAACUGGAUGAUCCUGAGCUGGGUGAUGCUGCAGUCAGAGUGCGAUCGGUCCCUCUAUCCUCUGUAUGAGGGGCUGUCUCGGCGCUACACUGCAGCUGGAGUGAGGAAGGCAAGCUACCAGUGGGUUGACAGGGACUGCUGGAGGACGUCAGAGGCCACCGUGGCGAAGGCGACCUCUGGCAACCUGGCCAACAACAGUGCCUCGAGGAGCAAGUUUAACAAAGACAUUGUCAUCAAGUUAGACUUGUUUCACUGCAUGAGGCGCUUUACCAGGGAGUGUGUGUCUGAACAUCACCCUCUGUUCAGCUCCUUCUGCCAGUUCCUCUCUGCAGCAUUUGUUGUGGUGGACCAGAGGGAUCUACAAAGGCUCACAGAGGCAUACACCUUCUGUGGAAUCUCUCCUGCAAAUCCAACAAAGCAGCACAUAAGAGAUCACUGCAGGACAAAGGUGCCACAGCCGAGGGAGCUGCUGCAGAGGGUUGAAGAUGUGCUGCACCACUUCUACAUGGCAAAGGACGCCAAUGAUGUGCCCCUGUUUAAGGCCUCCAUGCUGAAGUUGUGGAGGAUCCAACGCGUUCACAUCCUGAGAGGCUGCCUGAGCGACCCUGAGGUGGGGGAGGGAAUUCUCUACAGGUAUGGUGGCACCUUGCAGCUCAACUACAACAAGGGUGCGGGAGCCGCUGUACCUGUUUGGAUUCCAGUGAGAGGCACCUCUCAGCAGGAGGGCUUCCACUUUCACCAAGCCCAGUGGGUGACAGGCAACCGGGUGUCCUGUGAACUUUUCCAGGCCCAGGCAAUGACUGGAGUGGUGCGGUGGAACUUCCAGAGGCUGGUGGACCUGAAACAGCCUGGUGUGGAGCUGCCAGCUGUGUUUGACCCCCUGUUAAUUUCAGGACUGAACACAGCCUCUGUCAAGGUAACAGGCCAAGCUAAAUACCCCAGGCUGCAAAAUACGAACAGGGACACAGGGGAGAGAUUUGGACUGCAGUUUGUGGAGCCAGGUUGUCGUCCUGUUGUGUUGAACUGGGACAAGCACAAGGUACAGCCCAACAUCCAAGCUGCUGUAGCCAUGGAGACAGAGGAUCACUGCCCUGCUGCUAUGGUGGGCACAGACUCUCAGGAGACCAGUGAUGAGUCAGUUGGAGCGGUGCCCAUCCUAUCUUUCCAGCAGGGCUCUGAAACCGUUUCCCAAUCCCAGCAAUCCCAGCAGUCCCAGCCACCCUUGAUACCAGCUGCAGCCAGAGCCAAAUCAGAGAAUCAGUCUUUGAUGGAUACAGACCAUCCAGGGGUAGCACCGCUGCCUGUUUCCUCCUCUCCCCGGGCCGCCCGCACUGGACCAAUCAAGACAGGAGGCCUUAUUCAAGUCUUGGACCACAGCCGGUGAACAGAAGCCAUGAGAGCGGCCAUCGACGGGCUUCUGAUUAAACACCAUGGGUCAAAAGACUUUUUGAAGCAGGUGGACACAGACUAUGCUGCCAUGGUCCAGAGGGCGUGCACUGACCCCAACAGCCUCCUUCAUCCAACCACAUGCCAACAUAUCUCCAGAUAUGUAAAGCAUCUGGCCAAAU